AAUAUUCCGGAACAGUGAAUCCGGUACAUGAUCUGACUUCAUCAUUCUUCACGCCCCAUUCUUCCUUAUUUUAUCCUUUGUCACUUUUUAUUACAAAAAUUUCAACCGGAACGGGACAUGAUUUUGGUGAUUCUGGACCUCAGCAUCGCCGACGAAGCCUCCACCAUCUUCGAUUCCGGCGAGAGGCCACCGAAGCCUGCAGCUCCUCAUCAUCGUUCCCAUUUCCAGCGUGACCUAACCACCUCCGUUAAGGCUGCACCCCGACGCCGGACACGGCCAAUUGGAGAAAGGGGUUUUCAUUCCUAGUAACCACCCUCUCCCUCUCUUUCUCUGUUGCAAUUUCCUUAGGGUUUUGUGGGGGUGCAGGAAGAAAAAAGGGAGGUGCAACCAGAAAUGGCCAAUAUGUAGUGGUGUUUGGUUAAGAAUGGAGGAAGGCGUGAGGAGAUGGGUGGUGAAAUUAUCAGAGUGGGAUCCACUCCCCUCUCACUUCUCCUUCGCUCUCUCCCUACUUCCGUCCCACGAACACUCCUCUGUUACCAGGUUUGUUAAAUUGGAAGACAGAAAACGUGCACUUGUCAGCCGCAUGCUUCAGUACGUUCUUGUUCAUGAUGUGUUACAAAUCCCAUUUCCUGACAUUGUCAUAAAACGAACUUUGGAAGGCAAACCCUAUUUGGAUUAUGAUGGUCUUCGAUUCCCAAAUUUUAAUUUCAAUGUAUCACAUCAUGGUGACUAUGUGGCCAUAGCAUCUGAACCUGUAUGUCUUGUGGGGGUAGACAUUGUCUCCUAUGAUGUUCCACAGAGAGAAACAAUUACAGGAUUCAUUCAACUCUUCUCAUCAUACUUUUCAUGUUUGGAAUGGAAUAACAUAGUCUCGGCUGGCACUUCUGAUGAUGAUGUAUUAAUUGAAUUUUACAGGUAUUGGAGCCUAAAAGAAGCAUAUGUUAAAGCUAUAGGAAGUGGACUGACUGAAGGGUUGAAUGAAGUGGAGUUUUCUCACACAAGUUGGACUAAUAUAUCAGCUAAAGUGAAUGGGAAGGUUAUGACACAGUGGAGAUUUUGGAUGUUUGAACUUGGGGAUAGACAUUGUGUUUCAAUUGCGAGAGUUCACCCAAUAUCAGCUGCUACGAAUUACAAAAGAACACUGAAGAAAUUAGACUUUACUGAAGAUGAAUAUGCUCAAGGUCUUCAUCUUCCAACUGUAGACUUUGUUCAACUAGGAAUAGAACAACUUAUUUCAACUUUACAGAAAGCUUAGAGGAUAGAUGUUAAUGUAAAUCCAUGUAAAAAGAUUUGUACAUGUUGAUGAAAAUAUUGUUAUUUUAAAAAGACUUAUGCAUUUUAUGGCCUAAUGGUCAUA